AUGAGCGACGAGCACGAGAACACACACGCGAACGAUGACAAUCAGCAACCCGAAUCCGCUCCCAUCGGAGGCGGUGCUGUGCUUGAUCUGGACAUCGAGCGUGAACUCCAAGACUCCUAUCUGACGUACGCGAUGAGCACGAUCAUGGAUCGGGCGCUCCCUGACGUGCGUGAUGGUCUCAAACCAUCGCAGCGCCGCAUCCUCGUCGCGAUGAACGAUCUCAACCUGCGACCAAACAAGAAGCACCUCAAGUGUGCGAAAAUCUGUGGCGAUACCUCCGGCAACUACCACCCGCACGGCGAGUCGGUGAUCUAUCCAACUAUGGUCGGCAUGGCGCAGAAGUGGAAGAUGAACACACCGAUGGUUCAGCCGCAGGGGAACUUUGGUUCCAUCGACGGCGAUCCUCCCGCGGCGAUGCGAUACACCGAAGCGCGUAUGACGCACGCUUCGAUGGACAUGAUGCAGGACCUGAAACUGUCCACGGUGGACUUCGCUCCCAACUACGAUGAUCGACUCAUGGAGCCGACCGUGCUUCCAGGGAAGUUCCCAAACCUGCUCGUCAACGGCGGGAUGGGCAUCGCGGUGGGGAUGGCAACGAGUCUCCCGCCGCACAACCCAACCGAGAUCCUCGACGCGAUCAUCCGCUUGGUCAACAAGCCGGAGAUCGACCUGCUCGAACUCAUGACCGACGAGGUCGACGAUGACGGCAAUGUCGUCCGCCGAGGCGUGCAGGGUCCGGACUUCCCAACCGCAGGUCGGAUCCUCGGACGCAAGGGCAUCAUGGACGCGUACACCUCUGGGCGCGGCCGCGUCACCGUCCGAGGCAAUGUCCAUGUUGAGGAAAUGCGUCCGGGUCGCGAUCAGUUGGUGAUCGAUCAGAUCCCGUACUCGCUCGUCCAGAACACGCUCGUCGAGAAGAUCGUCGAAGCGGUCAAAGACGAGCGGAUCGUGGAUAUCGCGGAUGUCCGCAACGAGUCUGGACGCAACGCGCAGACACGCAUCGUGAUCGAGCUCAAGAAGGGCGCCGAUCCCGCGGUCGUCGAGAACCAGCUCUACCAGAACACCCCACUCCAGCAGACCUUCAGCAUCAUCAACAUCGCGCUGGUCAAUCGUCAGCCGAGAACGAUGGGGCUCAAGCAGAUGAUGGAGUGCUAUGUCGAUCACCGAGUCGAGGUGAUCACGCGGCGCACGCAGCACCUGCUCCGUGAAGCGAAGAAACGCGCGCAUGUGCUCGAGGGCAUGAUCUACGCCGUCGUAGAUAUCGACGAGAUUAUCCAGCUCAUCAAAUCUUCCAAGACGCGCGACGAAGCGAUCAACAAGCUCAUGGAGCGCCGUUACACGAUCCCAUCGGAUCAUCCCGCUGCGGCACAAAUCCCGCAACGACUCAUGGCGAUGGUCCGUGAAGCGGACAACCACGGCGGAACCGCUUUGACACGCGUCCAAGCGGAAACCAUUGGUGCGAUGCGCCUCAUUCAGCUCGUUGGUCUGGAAAUCGAGCGAUUGGUCAAGGAGUACACCGAACUCGUCGUCGAAAUCGAAGGAUACGAAGCAAUCCUCGCGGAUCAUCGCAAGAUCCUCGACAUCAUCGUCGAGGAUUGCGAAGAGAUGAAGUCCAAGUACGGGCGUGACCGUCUCACCUCGAUCGAGGACGCGGCGGGUGAUAUCGACAUCGCGGCACUCAUCCAAGAACAGGACAUGGCUGUGACGAUCUCACAUCAGGGUUAUGUCAAACGAGUCCCGCUUGAGACCUACCGCUCUCAAGGGCGAGGCGGCAAGGGCAUCAAAGCAUCGGAUGCGAAAGACGAUGACUUCAUCGAGCACCUGUUCGUUGCUUCGACCCACGACGAUCUGCUCUGCUUCACUGAUACGGGACGCGUGUUCAAGAUCAAGGUUUACGAACUCCCUGAGAUGGGACGCACGAGCAAGGGCAGACCGAUCAUCAACUACAUCGAUCUGAAGCCGGGUGAGCGAACCUGCGCGUACCGAUCGAUCAAGGACUUCGAAUCCGGAUCACACUUCCUCACAUUCGUCUCCAAAGGCGGCAUCAUCAAACGCACCGCGCUCAAGGAGUACCGGAAUGUCAACCGCUCCGGUCUGAUCGCUGUUGGACUCAAGGAAGACGACGCGCUCUUCAACGUCCGAUUGACCACAGGUGUCGAUGACAUCAUGCUCAUCGCGUCCAACGGCAUGGCGAUCCGCUUCAACGAGCAGGAUGUGCGACUGAUGGGACGCUCCGCCGCAGGAGUCAAGGGCAUCGAGCUCGGGAAGGACGCGGAGAUCGUCGGGAUCAUGCGCGUGCCGAUGGUGACCGAUCAAGAAGACGACGAAGUCCGUCACACAUCGCAAGACGCGCUCAAUCGCGGACUCAGCGUGUUGACUAUCUGCGAGAACGGCUACGGCAAGCGAACGCUCGUCGAUGAGUACCGCGUCGCUCCAGAGAACGGCCCGAUGCGCAGCCAAUCGCGCGGUGGCAAGGGGCGCAGCGAUAUCAAGACCACCGCUCGCAACGGACAAGCCGUCGUCGCGGUGGGGGUCUACGACGCGGAUGAUGUCGUGGUGAUCUCGCGAGGUGGACUGCUGGUUCGCAUGGCUGUGGAUUCAAUCUCCAGAAUCGGUCGAGGGACCCAAGGCGUGCGUGUGGUGGGGCUCAAGGGUGACGAUCGGGUGAUUGCUGCUGCACGAGUUGAAGAAUCUGAGGACUCAAACGAUGAUUCAUCUGUUACAAUCGAGGAGCAGUCAUAA